ACGAAAUCCGUAUCGCGUUCACGAAAAACAAUAAUGUACGGCGGAAAAUCUCCAGACGAAUUGCUAUCGGGCUCGUUCUCGAAGUCCUGGCUGCACGAUAAGUGGGCUCCAUUGGUGGGUGGCUUAUUUGGAUUCGUAGGAGCCUGCUACGUCAACUAUGGCACCGGUCGUCCUCCACUCAGCGGUAUCCAGAAACACAUCGCUGCUGCAUUAGCCGUCGGUGCAGCAUGUACCAUGAUAGAUAAGUGGCGCGAUGCCCAUUUCGCCGAAAAAGAUGCUACUCUCCGCCACUAUAUUUCGCUGCAUCCGGAAGACUUUCCAACACCCGAACGCAAAAAGUACGCCGACGUUCUUGAGUACUGGCAGCCCAUCCGUUAGUUAUACCUUCUCGUUACAUUAGCCGGUGUUCGAUGGAACCGUCGUGUUGAUGACUAGUGUGUAGGGCGAAUGUAAAUAAAACCCCUC